CUAGGCUCAGCUAUGAGCAUAUCCGCUGGACUCCUGAAGCAGACAGAGGAAGGGGAAAGAAGGAGGGCUUAAAGAAUCCGAGAGAGAUAAAGAGAGGGAAGGAAGGUGAGGGAACAGCUCCUGCUGGCGCCUCUGUAAUCCCCCUUGUUCCACCUUGCGCUUCUGUUGGAUGCUGUCUGUGGCCACUGGUGCUGAACCUCUUCGGAGCCGAGUCCCCAAACUGGAACAAGAGACCGGCCAUUUAUUCCCUUUGCUGCUAAAAGGUAGCAGGGAGGGGCGAGUUUCCAGAAUAGCAAAUUGAAGCUUUGCUCUUAAAAGGAAUUACCUGAAAGGGGAGAGGAGCACGCAUGGAGGAUUGUGAGUCUGGGAAGAUUCGCCUCGGGAUAGAUCCAGGGUUGCGCUCCUUUAGGGCGAGUCUUGAAGGCUGCCCUUGGAUUACAGCUGCUCGGUUUGCUUUUUCCUGCUUUUUCUUUUGCUUUGUUUUCCAUCUUACCUCCAUUGUUGCAAGAGGGUAAGCCAUGCUGUGCCUGCAGUUAGCAUCCAUUGGAUCAGAGCAGAGAGGUUCUCCUGCAGAAUUCAGAGCUCCCUGACUUCCAUACUCUCUCCAGUUCUGGUGUCUUAAAAGAUCCUCUCCUACCAAAAUCAAACAAACAUUGAGUGAGAGAAAAAGAAGAAAAGCUGCUGGACAAAGGAACAUCAAACAAAUGAAGCACAUGGAGGUAUAAUUUGGUGGCUGAUACAUUAAGCAAAAUGGCUAAAGUUAACACUUAUCACUCCUACCCUGCUGCCCAUAGAUCUUCUGGGAAGACUGUUAGCGAUGACCCUGGUAGACUUGAAAAUGGAAUUAAGAGGACCCCAUCCCCGGGUGAGGAUAGAUCUUCAAAAUUAGAGAGUGUCAUUUCCAUGGCGGAAGCAGGAGGGGAUACAUCCGCAGAAGGAUCAACAAACACGUCCUCAGGGUUUUUCUCAUCGGUGAGAAACUGGUUCAGAAAGCACUUACGUCGAGAUGGCCAAACAUCUGAUUCUUCAGUUGAGGCUCAAGGGGGAGAAAACAAAGACAACAAAGCUGAGCCAAAGAAGGAUGGGAAAGACAAUCCGAAAAAGAAAAAGAAAGAAAUCUUUGUGAUAGAUCCUUCAAGCAACCUGUAUUAUAGGUGGUUGGGAAUCAUUGCAGUACCUGUAUUCUAUAACUUCUGUAUAUUGGUAUGUAGGGCCUGCUUUGAUGAGCUUCAGAUGAAUCAUCUUGCACUUUGGCUGUUCUUGGAUUAUUCCUCUGAUGUUAUCUACCUCAUGGACACAUUUGUCAAGUUCAGGACAGGUUUCCUUGAACAAGGACUACUCGUUAAAGAUGAAAAGAAAUUAAAAGAAUUUUAUAAAUCAACUUUGCAGUUCAAGUUGGACCUGUUGUCCCUUUUCCCAACUGAUUUGGGGUUUUUAUACUUUGGAAUGAACUAUCCUGAACUGCGAUUUAACCGGUUGCUGAGACUUCCCCGGCUAUUUGAAUUUUUUGAUCGUACAGAAACAAGAACAAACUAUCCAAAUAUAUUUCGUAUUGGGAACCUUGUCUUGUACAUUCUCAUUAUUAUUCACUGGAAUGCAUGUGUAUAUUACUCCAUUUCCAAACUAAUUGGAUUUGGGACUGACACCUGGGUUUAUCCCAAUAUCUCCCAUCCAGAACACGGACGACUGUCCAGAAAGUAUAUUUACAGCUUAUACUGGUCAACGUUGACAUUGACAACUAUCGGAGAAACUCCACCUCCAGUGAAAGAUGAAGAGUAUCUGUUUGUGGUCAUGGACUUUUUAGUGGGUGUGCUUAUCUUUGCUACCAUCGUGGGUAAUGUAGGCGCUAUGAUUUCUAACAUGAAUGCCUCUAGGACAGAGUUCCAGGCCAAGGUUGAUUCCAUCAAGCAAUACUUGCAGUUUCGAAAGGUCACUAAAGAAUUGGAAGCAAGAGUGAUUAAAUGGUUUGAUUAUCUGUGGACCAAUAAGAAAACAGUAGAAGAAACAAAAGUCCUGAGAUACCUCCCUGAUAAGCUGAAGGCUGAGAUUGCCAUAAAUGUCCAUAUGGACACACUAAGGAAAGUGCGGAUCUUCCAAGAUUGUGAAGCUGGACUCCUGAUUGAAUUGGUAUUGAAAUUAAAACCUACUGUUUUCAGUCCUGGAGAUUAUAUAUGCAAAAAAGGUGAUAUUGGAAGAGAGAUGUAUAUUAUCAAAGAAGGGAAACUGGCUGUUGUGGCAGAUGAUGGGGUGACGCAGUUUGUGGUUCUAAGUGAUGGCAGUUACUUUGGAGAAAUCAGCAUCUUGAACAUCAAAGGCAGCAAAGCUGGCAACAGGAGAACUGCAAAUAUCAGAAGCAUAGGUUACUCUGAUCUAUUCUGUUUGUCUAAGGAUGACCUGAUGGAAGCUCUCACUGAAUAUCCUGAUGCCAAAAAGGCACUGGAAGAAAAAGGGCGGCAAAUUUUGUUGAAAGAUAACUUGAUUGAUGAAGAGGCAGCUAAAGCAGGAGCUGACACAAAAGACCUGGAAGAGAAAGUAGAUAAACUUGAAGCAGCUAUGGAUAUUCUUCAGACAAGGUUUGCUAGACUUUUAGCAGAAUACACGGCCUCACAGUCUAAACUCAAGCAGAGACUUGUAGAAGUUGAGACCAAAGUGAAGAAACCUGAAAGUGAUGCUUUGUUAGAUGUACCAGGCGAAGCUGGAAAACCAGAAGAGCAAAAAAAGAAUUAAGUAUGUAUGGUCAUCUUCAUUUAGCACAGAACUACUGCACCCUAAAAUAUGAACACACUUGCAAAUAUGUGAACAGGAUUGUUUUUUAUCCUCUGGAAUCAGCAAGUUUGUAUAGUUUUUAACUGAAGCGAUUGUCUUCUAAAUAGUAAAUGCUGAACUUUUUUUUGAUCUUUUUAGAAAUAGAUUUCCACAUUUCUUUUAUUUAUUUUGUAUUGGGGGAAGAUUUUCUAUGAGUGAUGAUGAUCACAUCUUAUUAUUAGGUGUUUGUAUACAGUAGACCACAUCACAUUUAUCUUUAUAGCUUUGCAACAAGCACCUGCUGCAAAGCAAUACUUCUCUGAAUGGAACAGACUUUAUGAUACGGAUGCAUAAAUACAACAUGACUUGCCCAUUUCCUUUCUUGAAAUAGCAGUUUUUCCAUUAAUAUAAUGCAUCCAUUUCACAUUACGUUUUUUUUUCUCAUUAAAAAAACCCUU